AUGGAUGCGAUCCUACGGUCUGAUCCGACGGCGGACCGAGCGGAUUGGCGCAUCCGCAUCAUUUUGGCCGUCAUGCUAGGCUUAAGCCCAGCAUUGAGUGCCGCAUACAAGAGUCUUGGUGGAGGAGAAAGUCGCUAUACUCGACAAGACGUAGCUGCUCAAAUUGGCAUGACCGGUCCUCCAGGAACUCAGAAUCUUGGCUAUGGACUCUCCCAAUUCAUCAAUGCUACCCUACCCUGGUACAAAGACCCCGGUUUUCCAGAUCGCGUGUACGGCUUCAAUUUGCAUGUCGUGAACGAAAAUACUUCAGCUAUGCUCGAUGGUCCGAUGCCAGCUUAUGUUGAGGACAUACAAGCCGCAUUGAGGAUCGAGCAAUCUAAGCGAAUUACUGCAGAUGUAGCUGCUAUUGUCUGUGAGAGGACUGAUCACUUCGUAGGAGACGAUGAUUACUAUGACGAGCUUUUCAAUCCUGAUAACACGCUGUCAACGGGCGACAUGUGGGUUCGAGAGUCCGAUUGGCAUGUAGCAAUGGUCUUCCCAAAUUCAAGUGACAAUACGAACAUCAUCGUCGGUAAUUACAACAGUACGAUUAAUGAAAAAUUCAGCUCCCAUCUAAAGCAGUACACAUUAUCAAAGCGAAACUACACAGGAUCCUGGCACAUCACCAAAAACUCCGUCGAGCUCACGUACGCAGGACCCAAAGCCGGCAUACUUGAUGAGCGCGGCCUUUUAUCCAACAACUUUCGCUCUUUUACUGAUCUUUACAAAGUAGUAUUCGCAGAGUACGAUUGGCGGUACCUCUCCGCUGCUAGAUCUCCAGCCACUAAUACUGAUGACGGCGACAAGUAUACAAAAUUUAUCAAGAGCGACUCGACUUUCCUCGCCGCCAUGGUAUGGUCGCGCUUAGUUGCUGUCGACGGACCGGAGGUCUGGUCGCCUGGUACCUCCAGCGGGAUCUACGGCGACGACGGCUGGCCCGAACUUCGCUACAAUACUACAGUCGCGGAAGCAACAAUCUCUACAACCAUCAAGCCCAGUUGGGGCAUUGGCAUCGUUCUUGGCAUUAACCCGGCCCUACUUCUCUUUGCACUUCUCUGCCGCGUGUUGUUCUGGUCGCGGUCGCCUAUUGGAGAUAAGUUUGGCUUGGUAUCGAUCCUGGCGAGCGUGGAGCAGCAGAGUCUUGGUCUACUGCAGGGAGCUGGUCUGUCCGGGAGACUCAAAAGACUAGUAUUUGCUGGGUUCCGGCCGGAAACACAAGGCAAUCGCGAAGAGUCGUGGGGCAGCGGCAAUAUUGUUACGGUCCUGGGAACUAAACAGCUACGGAGUGGAGCGAUCCAGAAAGGAACGACUUAUAGCUAG